GUUAUUCAUAGGACAUUUUAAGUCUUAAGUUUCAAUAAGUGUUACAUACUGAUAAGUCAAUGAUGUUUAAAACAAUUUUCCUUCUUUUCGCAUAUGUUUCUAUUACUGUUGGAGUUCUGCUAAAUCGGACAGAUACUAUUCACUGGGUAUAUAUGAGAACAAGUAAUCAAUUUCGAGGUGUUAAUUUAACAAAAAUACCAAAUGGAUACGAAAUUUUAUGGUCAGAGUAUAUAGAUUGCAACAAACAUACACUAAAUGGUACUAAAGCAGUUUACAGAGUACCUGAUCCUUAUACAUAUCCAACGGAAAAUCGAGAAUGUGGCCGAGUUGAUGGAAGAGUAUCUAUAUUUAAAAGAAAUUUACAAAAACCACGUUUAAAUCCAUUAGUGUUGGGAAUUCACUUUUUGGGAAACGUGACUGGUGCGGAAUGUUCGAAUUAGAUUUUAAACAUUUUUUUUUUAAUAUGGAGAAUGUAUAUACAAUUGA